AUGCGGAGUUCUUUUAGGACAAACAACAUGUCGUUUAUGCCAGGAUUGUCACCUCAGCAACAAGGAGUGCUGGCAGAUAACCUGACUUUUGAGAGUCGGGUUAAUGGAUUCUGGUUUAGCGUGCUUGGCCAAUACUUCCCAACGCCAGCCUACCUCAUCAACGCCGAAGAGCAUGUCACCACUGCCGAUCGGCCCGAUCUUUAUGUUACACGACUCGAUUGGGGUCUAAACAAUCAAUCCGUAAAGUUCAGCCCAGUCGCAGUCUUUGAGGGAAAGGGCAACACUCCCGGUGCGGAUAAUUUCGAGAAGAUCAAGGCCCAGCUAGCCAGGUACGGCAAGUCUACCACCGAUGCAGAACGUGUUGGCGGCGUGUACUGUGUUGGCGCCAAGGGCCGUAAGAUCUCGUUUUGGUAUUUCAAGAAGGGCGAUAUGAUCGAACUCAAGCCUAUCCUCUCAUCGAGGAGUGGGCUCAUUAUCAAGGACACUGCUCAGAUGCCUCCUGAGCUCGAUGUCAUCAACGAAGCUGUUACGAUCAAUGAUUGUUUCCGCUUCAUUUUGGCUAAUCCUGUACCGACAAUUACGCGCUAG